AUGUCAUUAGAGGAUAUUGUUAAGUCACUUGCCACUAACACACAACAAUUUCAACAACAAACACAACAAUUUCAGCAAGAAACAAGAACAAGUAUUCAACAUUUAGAAAAUCAGAUGAGCCAACUAGCAUCUACCGUGAGUAGAUUGGAAUCUCAAGGUAAGUUACCCUCGCAAACUGUUCUAAAUCCAAAGCAAAAUGCAAGUGCAGUUACCUUGAGAAGUGGAAAAGAGUUGGAAGAACCUACUAAAGUGAGAAGCAAACACAACCGAGAUGAAGAAAAUGAAAAAGAAGUUCAUCCAACCCAAAAUGAUCAACAGCUUGUCAAAGAAAGUCCAGAUACUUUGGUAAUUCCUCCCCCUUUUCUUAGUAGAUUGGCAAAAUCAAAAAAGGUGGAAGAACAAAAAGAAAUACUUGAAACAUUUCGAAAGGUCGAGGUAAAUAUUCCUUUACUUGAUGCUAUUAAACAAAUUCCUCGAUAUGCUAAGUUUCUCAAGGAGUUAUGCACAAAUAAAAUAAAGUUGAAAGGCAAUGAAAUGGUAAGCAUGGGGGAAAAUGUUUCAGCUGUUUUACAAAAAAAGUUGCCUCCUAAAUGCAAAGAUCCAGGUAUGUUCACUAUCCCUUGCAAAAUUGGAAAUGUUAAUGUUGAAAAAGUAAUGUUAGAUCUAGGUGCUUCAAUUAAUGUGAUGCCUUUAUCUAUUUACUCGUCUUUGGAUGUUGGUGCCUUAAAAGAAACUGGUGUCAUUGUUCAACUUACUAAUAGAUCUAAUGUUUAUCCUGUCGGGGUUCUAGAGGAUGUUUUAGUACAAGUUGAUGGAUUGAUUUUUCCUGCUGAUUUUUAUGUGUUAGAUAUGGAAGAAGACAAUUCACCCAAUUCCUCAUUGAUCUGA